AUGAAUAAGGAUAGACAACCAACUAAAACUCCUCCCAUUUCCCCUCUCGUUUAUCCCGAGGAGCAAGAUGAUUGUCCUUAUAAUGAGACCAGCCUGACUGAAAUUUCUCCAGAUUAUAGUGGCAUGAGAGAAGAUAAGACAGAAGAAGAUCUUAGGGUAGGUUUGACCCAUAAUGUCGUGGUUAUGGCUCGAAAAACCGCUGACGGAAGGCCGAAAGUAGAGGUUGAUGAAAAUCAAAAACAUGAUUUGCCUAUGCAACCCGACAGCGCCAAAGAAAACUUAAAAUAUACUAAAAUGAUAGUUGAUUUGGCUGGCGAACAAAAUAUUAAUCUCGCCCAAUACGAAAUAUUUAUUCUGAAUAGUCUGGGAGCGGACCGGUUUAGAAAAGAAAGAGAAAUUGCCUGGGGAAAAAUUGGUGGAAAAUCGGCAGGCAGCGCUCUUUAUUUAGCGGUAUUAAGUGCCUUGACUAAAAAACCUAUUUCCGCCCAAGUAGUCGCCACCGGGGCCAUCGCUGAAGAAGCCAUCAAAGGAAAAAUUAACGGCCAGGAAAUUAUUUUGGAGAAAGGAACUAAUUUGCCAAUUAAAAGUUUAAGGGAGAAAAUAAAGGCUAGCAAUGAAAAAGGAAUUAAUCACUUG